AUGGAACUUGGACUCCUGAUUGCCUAUGAAGAGGAGCAGGAUGCGGUCCCACAUCAGGUCUUUGAUGUUGCUGUCGUUGUGGAAGAAAGCAUAGUGAUUCACCAUGAGAAGAGUGUAGCAUGUGGUGUGGCAAUGCUGAUGGGUAUCAUCUAUGCUGUAAAUCUGGAAUACCCAUCAGCAAUGAAGUACACGUUCGAGUUUCUCCAAAAGGUGGUCAUGAAGAUCAAGCCCGAACAGGCCUCUGCCAGAAUACAUGGACUGCGCAACAAAAUAUUGAGGUACAACAUGUAA